GAAGCAUUGAAGAGAUACCUUUGGCGUUGGGAAAAUAAUAAAAGAAAGCUGAAAACUUUUCAAUCGGAUUACUAAGAAAAAGAAGAAAUAAGCUGAUGGAGGAGGAAGAGCUCGGCAAAGCAGCUACACCGAGAGCCAAGAAAGAUCUUGCUCCAGGGAGGGUGGUAGAUACCUAUGCGGCACAAUGCGAGACUUGUCACAAGUGGAGAGUGAUUGAUAGCCAGGAGGAGUACGAGGACAUCAGGAGUAGAUUGCUCCAGGACCCUUUUACCUGCGACAAGAAGAAACAAGUCUCCUGUGAAGACCCUGCUGAUCUUGACUAUGAUUCCUCUCGAACCUGGGUCAUCGACAAGCCUGGUAUCCCCAAAACUCCCAAAGGUUUCAAGAGGAGCCUUGUCCUCAGAAAAGACUACUCUAAGAUGGAUACUUACUACAUUACUCCAGCUGGUAAGAAGCUGAGGAGUCGCAAUGAAGUCGCAUCCUUCAUUGAAACCAAUCCAGAGUUCAAGGAUGCACCGCUUCGAGACUUCACUUUCACUGUCCCAAAGGUCAUGGAAGACACUUGUCCUCCUGAUGCUAAGAUGGCCUCUCCUAGUACUACUACUACUGAUGAUGCAGAGAAGAGCAUCGAACCCAAGCCAAUCAAAGGAUAGUUAGUUUUGCUUUUCUUAAAAAGAGAUUUCUUGUGAAGAAGCUCUCUGACCUCUCUCUUAAUAACGAACUAGUAGUGUUAGAGGCAAAACAAAUGUUAAUACUAUUAGUUUUAUUUUGAUC